AUCAAACUCAGAAUCAAUGUGACGGAGGGAUGUGGAGGGAGGAUAUGGCCAGCUGCGGAAGUGCUUGGCGCUUACUUGGCGAGCGACGAGCUGGAAAUGUUGCAGGGCGCACAGGACGGAGAUUGGAGGAGCGGUACAAUCGUAGAAUUGGGAAGCGGAACCGGCUUGGUGGGAUUCUUGGCUGCUAUGAGAUUUCCUCAAGCUCGAGUUUGGGUGACGGAUCAAGAGGCCAUGUUGAACGUCAUGGACCUCAAUCACGCCUUGAAUCAGGCUGCGGUGACCAAUUGUAAAGUGGAGCAACUAGAUUGGGGCCUUCCUGCAAGUGCCUCGAUCCCCUCGAAGCCCGACGUCCUGCUGUUGGCAGACUGUGUAUACCUCGAGUCGGCCUUUCAGCCGCUCGUGGACACUAUGGUGCAGCUUAGCAACUCCGACACACUCAUCUUGUUCUGCUAUCAGCAGCGACGCAAGGCCGACAAGCGCUUUUUUGCGCUGCUCAAAAAGCAUUUUACCUGGAAUGAGGUCUUGUCGCCAGAAAAGAGCCGAGCAGCAGCUCCGACGCGGCUUCUUCGUGUUCGAAGGCGGUGA